AUGCGAGCCGUACACGACAUGCGCCCCGUCGCGGGCUGCCCUCCUCAACUUCGCCUCACCGAGAUGGCCGGAGCCGCCGCUUCUCAUACGCAGCAGCAGCAGCAGCAGCAGCAGCAGGAGCUUGACCUCCAUCUCCAGCCUCUCAAUCACCUCAACCUCGCCUCGCACAUCACCGCCUUGCAGCAGCAGGUGCUUGGACAACAUUCCACGCGCGGCCCCUUGAACCUGCCCGCCUCGCUUUGCGGCAAGAGAUCGCGGUCCAACUCCCACGCCUCGCCGUCUUCGCCUUCGUCGCCCUCCAGCUACGCCUCGGUCUUCUCGUUCGACAACGAGCUGGCCGACUCGGGCUACGACUCGCAGACCAGCGUCGAAGACUCGCCGCGAUCGCGCAAGGCAUCGUCGGGCGAGUCGCAGCAGCACCUCGACGGCCUCGCCGCGUGGCGAUCGUCUCUUGCCAACCUCGACGUCGCACGUGUCUGCAAGAAGCUCAAGGGUAUCCAGGGCGCCAGCGUCGUUGCAGUGCCCGCACCUCUGGCACCGCAGCCAACGAUCCCCGCACCCGACGCCGGCACUGUCGAGGUCGUUGUUCCCACCGGCGCCGCUUGCGAUUCGCAGCGACAUCUGCCCACGGCGUCCAACGCCUCAACCUGCAGUCCCAGCUCGACGUCGAGCAGCGAGGGCAAGGUCACCUUUGUCGACAACCUGGUCGAUGCCGCCGUCAGAACGCUCGACGCGAUCUGGAACGCUUCCGUCACCGGUGGCUCCACCUCGUGCGACCUCGGCGAAAAGCAGACUGGCCUGCCGCUGCAGAUCUUCGUGCGCGAGACGCUCCGACGCGGUCGCACCUCGUGCUCCACCCUCCAAGCCGCGCUGCUCUAUUGCGUGCGGCUGAGGGACGCCAUCGACAGGGCCAAGGCGCUCGCCGCCUCGCCCGCCCCGACCUCGUCCGCCGAGGACGUCGCCAAGGCGCGCGAGACUGCUAAGAUGCUCAAUUGCCCGCGCAGGAUGUUUCUUGCCGCCGUCAUGGUGUCGUCCAAGUUCGUGCAGGACCGCACCUACUCGAACCGGGCGUGGUGCAAGAUCUCUGGCCUGCCCGUCAAGGAGCUCGGCCGCAUCGAGCGCGCAUUUCUUGCCGCCAUCGACUACCGCCUCGUCGUCGGCGAGUCUGAGUGGGAGGCGUGGGUGUCGGAGCUCAUGAAGCCCACCGCCACCCCGGCGCCGGCCCCCGUCGCUGCAUCCUCGACCGGCAGCGCUGGCCGCGGCAGCUUUGCCCGCUCGGUCUCGGACAACGUCACCGGCGCUGCGCUUCCCCUCGACACCGAGCUGCGCGCCGCCAGCCCGCAGGUGCCCAGCCAGGUCCAUCCAAAGUAUCGCCUCGUCGAUGUCGCUGCCCCGGCUGCCACCUCUGUGUCGGCGCUGUCGUCGUCUGAGGCGGCCGCUGCCGUCGCCGCCGUCGCCGCCUCGGAGAUGUCGUUGCCGUACCCGAUCCAGCGUUGA